AUAGGUGGGAGGGGAAUUUAUUGCGUUCCUAUUAAUGGAAAAGGCGACUCAUAUAAAUUUCAUGUUUUAUUACUGGAUCGCACAAUACGUUUGAUCAUUUAAUGAUCAGUUGCCUACAAAAUGACGUCUUCUACCGAUGGAAGACAAAUGUGGAAGUUAUGGAUGACGUACUCGGACAAAAAAGAUAUCAACAUAUUUAAAAAAUUUCUACACGUAUUCAAUAAUGUCAACGAAAUCUUCUUGUCAGAAGAUUUACCUUCUCAAUCAACGUAUCUCUCAGAAGACGCUCCUCAUUUAAGCACUCUUCCUGAUGAGCUCUUGCAAGUUCUUAAUCAGCAGUUCCAAUCAGUCUGUGAUGAUAUUGAAAAAAAUACCUUCAACAUAUCGCUUAUAGAUUAUACAAAUGACAUGAUAGCUUGCCUAAUUUGUUUGUGCAAAAACUUGGAUAAUAUUGCACUUAUUUCUUCCUUGAAAUUUAUUCUUUAUAUCACAAAGAUUACACUUUUAGUUUUAUCUAAGCUUUGUAAAGAGAAUACGGAGCACUUGAAACCUUAUAAUUUACUUGUUCAUAGAACAUUAUACUUCUUUGAGUGUCUAUACGAUCCUUAUUUUAUAUGGCGAAGAAAAUUAGGAAACUUGAAGAUAGAUGUUACAAAGUGCAAAUUUUAUCCAGCCUUAUUGGAUGUUGAAGUUAUUCCUUUUUUUUAUGAAUGUUUCCAACAAACACCAGUAGAAUAUGAUAUUCAAAUUCGAUUAUUCAAUUUGUUUGGUGCUAUUCUUUGUGGAGCAGUUCAUAAUGCCACAAAAGCAAUCUGUCCGGCUACAGUUGAUUUAGUUCUAAAAAAUUUAGACAACUUUUCUCUAACCAGUCUUUUACAUCCUGAAGAAAAGGAAGCUCGAAAAUCCGUUUUAAAGUGUUUGAUAGAGAUGGUACAUUUAGUUCAUGGCUCCAGUCCUGAUGAAAGACAAGUCGAAGUUAACACAAUUCUUGAGGGUUAUUUUCAAACUUUGUCUAAAUUGUUCAGAGAAGAUGUUGACGAUCUUUCUGUGAUAUCAAAAAACUUUACCCGUGAUCAGUCAGAUUUGGCAGCGGAUAUGCUAGAUACCAUACCGAAAAUGUUAGACUGCUGUGAUAAGCUUUCCUUACAAAUGUUAUUCCUGAAUUGCCAGAGUUUUGAUUCCUUAUUAAUUCUUUUAGAACGAGUUACAAUGAAUUCUUCAUCUCCUAUGUGUAAAGAAUUGUGCAUCAAAAUAUUUUACUGUCUGACUCAGAUUAUGCAAUCCUGCACAAAAGCUAAGAUAAUGUUUUCCGAAAACUACUGCUAUGAAAAAAUUAAUAAAGCUUUGAGCUUUUUAAAUGGGGGACCAUCUCAUAAACUUGUUAAAGCCCUUUUUGAAAUGUCGACUGAGUGUGAUUUGAACCUAAACAUUCCACAAAAAAUUCAAAAUGUUCGUCCUCUGCUCAUGAUUACAGAAUGGAUUCCAUAUUUGCCAUCAAAGGAGUUGCAGAUAUGGAUAUGUGAGAGUAUGCAAAAACUGUGUACCGCAACGACCCAUAAUAGAAUGACAUGCUGCAAUAUUGGUAUGAUAUCAGCUCUUUUGCGACUUCUAUCAAGACCAUGCGACUUAGAUCCCAUAGCUCUAGAUUGCGUGAUGAUGUUACUAGAAUCGCUGGGUCGGUUAUCAAUUAGUGCAGCUGAAUUAAAACAGCUAAUUUCGCUCUUUAAAACUAGUAACAUAAAUAGAGAAAGCUUGUACAUUGAUCGUUUAAUCGAUGCUAUGUCAUCAAUGGCCCGAAGAGGGGGCAAAGAGGGAGCAUUACACUACUUUGAUUUUCAAACUCCUGAUGCUGGUAUAACAAUACCCAGCAUCAAAAGAUUGCUGCGUAGCGGGUUUUCAUUUCAUGCAUGGGUAGCAUUUGAACAGUCAAUGGGAUAUGGGAAUUCUGAUAAAGAAUUCGGAAAUAUUACUCGAUAUCAAAUCUAUAGUGGAAACGGAUCAGCUUUUGAAGCUUUCAUUAAAAUGAACGGAGCUUUAAUGAUAGGUGUUCAAACAAAAAAGGAAUAUCACGCAGUCCGUGUUCCUUACGAUACGAGUUUAUUAGAUCAACAAUGGCAUAGCUUGGCUGUAGUUCAUCAAAGCGGCCGAAGACCAUUUAGUCAAGACAUUUUACAUGUCUACGUAGAUGGAAAACUAAAGUUAAAUGUUCCAAUGAAAAUGCCAAGCUUAUCAGAGCCAUUUCAACACUGUAGUAUUGGUUGUCCAGUUCAAACAAGAGUGUUUGUAAAGGCUGAUCAAGUUGUAUCUGAUGGAAAAAAAAUUAAUAUUUCUUUUAAUCCAGCGAAUUGGAGAUUUCAUAUUAAGAAAGAUGGAGAUAAUCAAAGCGAAGUGCAAUCGCAUCGGCUUGGUGAUGAGGAGAAUUGUUACGGUCUGCCCGUAUCAUUCUAUGGUCAGAUGGGUUCAGUUUGCGUCUUAAACGAACCCCUUUCAUCAAUGCAAAUCCAAUCUCUGUAUAAUGCUGGUCCAAAUUCAGAUACACUUUUCAUGGCUGAUGGAGUUCUGUCUGAACUUAGUUCUAAAUUAGUAUUCUAUUACAACGCGAAGGCUUGCAAAGACGAACAAAGUAUGGACUUAUCUUUGAAUAAUAAUCAUGGGGGUUUAAUUGGAGAAAAAUGUAUAACAUGGCAUAUCAAGGAUGUUAUAAAUUGCAUUGGCGGAGUUUUAACUUUAUUUCCUCUUCUUGAGAAGCUCACAUACAAUAAAAAACCAAAAACUCAAUAUAGCCAAGAAACUAGAGACACGGAGGAAAACGAAUGGGUUAUGCUACCGUCUGAUGCAGAAAGUAUGAAUAAUCGGAAUAGCGUUGCACGAUUUUUUUGUCUUUUGAAAAAUAUGAUAAGAGGAUCAAUUGUCAAUGAGGAAACUUUGUUAACAACGGGGAGUGUUGCUAUUUUGGGUGCUAUGAUGCAACAGAUUCCUUCAACUUAUAUAGAUAUUGAUGUUCUAAUGUCAUUGCAAGAACUCGUGGAAUGUGUUGAGGGAUCGGGAAACCAAAGAUUGUUGCAUCACAUCUAUCAACACUUGUUAUUUGAUUUCAGAAUUUGGAGUGUAUCAGAAUUUACAGUCAGAAUAGGACAUAUUCAGUAUCUUUCUACACUCAUAAAGGAUAAUAAAAAGUUUUUCCGUAAAAGAUACGGAGUGGAAUAUUUAUUGGAUAUAAUUCGUGUAUAUUAUGAAAAAGAUGAACUUAGUGGACUAAUGAUUAAUGAUUGCAAACAAAUACGAUCUGCUCUAUUUGGUUUAAUCAAAUUCUACAUAUUGAAAGAUGUUAAUAGCAUGGAGAUAGAUUAUAUAUUUAAUUUCAUAUCAAUAGUAGAAGAAGAACCGAUUCUAUCAGAACUUAUGGACAUGAUUCUUUCCGUUUUAGAAACUCCAGAAAAGAGAAGAUCUGAUCAAAUUAUUUUACUUCUUUAUGAGGAAGGAACAGCCGAACUUUUAUAUAUGCUGGUCUCUUGUAAAUUAUACACAAUAGAAUUAAAGGAAAAAAUUCUAAAGAUAAUUGAUUUACUUCUUAAAUCCUCCAAAGUAUCUGAAAAAAGCAAGGGUAAACUUAGAUUAACUGAUACCGGUGCCUACCCUGGAUUCAUAAGUUCACUAGCUGGAUCACCUUUGUCAAUCAACUGUAUCACAAUGCUAUUCGAUCUUACUAUAAAUAAUGCAGCUUCAAGUUUUAAUGCUAUAUUGUACUUGGUUCAACUUGUGGCAUCAGCUGAUAUAUCUAUUAAGUUGGAAAUUACUAGAAAACUUCUUGAUAUUCUUUUAUCGAAGCCGAAUGCUGUAAAAGAGAUAGUGAAGCAAUUAUCCUGGCAAGAAAUCAUUGUACAACUGCUUGUUUGUCCUCCUUCCUCUGAUAAUGAAAAUAUUUUGAGCCCUGCUUGGAGCACUACUUCUUUUCAAGACCUAUUUAAGAGAUCAAACUCUCUAACACCAGCACGUACGGAAGAAUCUGAUGAGGAGCAUUUACAACCAACUACUUCUUAUGAAAGUAGAAAGUCAUUGAUUAUUCCAGAAUUCUACCUAGCUUCUCAAGCACUGGCAUAUAAACAAGGUGGACAAUAUCUUGCUAGCCCGACUGAAGAUGAUUCUGACGGAAGUUACUUAGAAUCGCCCAUUGUAGAGCCCCCCCUAUCAUCUGAAUCUUUUAAAGAUAAUAUAAAAUAUGAAUCUAAAGCUGAACAAGAUGAUAUUCAAGACAUAUAUAGAGAGUUCGGUCUAACAUUACAAAGAGAACAGUUAGAGAAGAGUGAAGAAUUAACCCAAAAUAUUUUGAUUAUAUUGUUAACUCUAAGUAUGAAAGGUACUGAAAAAUCAGACGAUGAAGCUUGGAAGAAUCGUUGCCAAGUUUUAUCUGCUAUCGAUGUAGCCUCAGCGUCCAAACAUAUUUUACGUCCAAAAGAUGAACUAAAACGACGUUACUUGGAAAUUAUGCUUCAAACUCUAAUAGCAGACAUGAAAUUGAACGAGGAUAUUAUUGUUCUUAUGGACCUCAUGGGUGUUUGGGAAUCUGACAACGAGAUUCAUGAGCUUGUAUGGAUUGGUUUAGAUUUGCUGAUGGCUUUUGCUGGUCAAAACGAGCAUAUAAAUUUAUGUGCAGCUGCUACAGCUAAGCUACAUACACUUCUCCAUAUACGACCUUUUGAUAAGCUGCAAGAAACUUGCUACGUCAUUGGCGCCAUUGACAGUUUACUUGAAAAAUCUUUAAAGAACAAGUCUUCUAGUUAUAAUUAUUUCAUCCCGAUUAUGAAGGCCUUACUAGAGAAGUGUUCUGAAAUGCUAACAAUUUCUAAAUUUUUAACAAAUAUGCCUGAUCCUGCAAAUGGACCGCUAUUUGUUGAAGAGUUUAGAACAUAUAUAUAUUCCAAUGAAUGGCGAAAUUUUAUGAGCAAACAGAUUGAUCCAUCUAAAAAACAAUACUUUGCAAAUAGAUUUGAUGAAUUAAAAGCACAAAUGAACACUUUUAAAAGUCAAUGUCAUGAACAACUCAUGCUUGAUGGUCAUAGUAGGAAUAAAGAAAGAGGAGAAGGUAAAUUAAAAUUCGAAAAAAUAGUAUGCAAUAGAUGGUUGGAACGAAAGAGAGCUGAAAAACGAAGAUGUGUAAACUCCAUGGCUCAAUUAAAGAAUCAACAGUUAGUUACUCUUCGCCAUUGGAGAGGAAUAAAAGCAUUCUUUACGGGUGAACGAGGAGCUUGGGCUGAGCCCGAAAGAUCAAAAAUUUAUUGGAAGCUGUCUCCUCAAGAAAAUUUUAGUAGAAUGAGACCUAAGCUGAUAGUCAACUAUAGCUACGAUGCUCACAAAGAGGCUAGUCUUCUCAGAGAUAAUCAAGAUGUCAAUCCAUUACCGUCUACAAGUCUACCAAACAUCCUGAAAGCAGCAAAGGUCGAGGAUAAGGAUAUUGGGGACGACCGUCUUGGUGAUGAAGAAUGGAAUGCCAUAUCCUUAGGUGAAAGAAGAGACAGUGAAGGCAGGCAAACACCCAUUGGAUCUCAGACACAAUCUCUUCCACCGGAAAAAAAGGAAAAAUUAGUUUUACAAGAAGAAUGUGAACUUAUAACGCUGAUGGACGUCAGUAAAGGAAGAUUGGAAGUUACAACGACCCAUAUAUAUUUUUAUCAUUCCACCUCGGCCGAUGGGGAAGAAAGCACAAUUCCUGGCGAAGAUUAUAAGUGGUCUCUAUCUCUUCUUAGGGAAAUCCAUUUUAGGCGAUACAAUUUGAGACGCUCAGCCUUAGAAUUCUUUCUCAUUGACCAAAGCAACUUUUUUCUAAAUUUCCAACAAAAAACAAGAAACAAGAUUUAUAGUAAAAUAGUUUCCUUACGACCCACAAAUUUAAUAUAUCACGCUUCUAGAUCUCCUGCAGAUCUAUUGAAAUCAUCAGGACUGACUCAAAGAUGGGUGAAUAGAGAGAUUAGUAAUUUUGAUUAUCUAAUGCAGUUGAAUACUAUUGCUGGAAGAACUUACAAUGAUUUAAGCCAGUAUCCAAUUUUUCCCUGGAUUCUCAGUGACUAUUCAUCUGACCAUUUGGAUUUGGAUAAUCCCGCAGUAUAUCGAGACCUUUCUCGUCCAGUCGGAGUUAUAAAUUCAAAAAAUGAGCGGGAAGUUCGAGAAAAAUACGAAAAUUUUGAAGAUCUCAAUGGUACAAUAGAAAAAUUUCAUUAUGGCACACACUAUUCUAACUCUGCGGGAGUAAUGCAUUAUCUUAUCCGAAUGGAACCAUUUACGACUCUUCAUAUUCAGCUACAGAGUGGGAAAUUUGAUGUAUCUGACCGACAAUUUCAUUCUAUUCCCGCUACUUGGACAGCUAUCAUGGAAUCUCCAAAUGAUGUAAAAGAAUUAAUUCCUGAAUUUUUUUAUCUUCCUGAGUUCUUAGUUAACUCUAAUGAUUUCAAUUUGGGAAAACUUCAAGGAUCCAAUGAACCGGUUAAUGAUGUUAUUCUGCCUAAUUGGGCUGAUGGUCCUGAAGAUUUCAUUCAAAAACAUAGAAAAGCAUUGGAAUCGGAAUAUGUAUCCCAGCAUCUACAUGAAUGGAUUGAUCUGAUUUUUGGAUUUAAGCAGAAAGGGAAAGCAGCUGUGGAAGCUUUGAAUGUCUUUUAUUAUUGUACUUAUGAGGGUGCUGUAGAUUUAGAUGCGAUUACAGAUGAAAGAGAAAGAAAAGCUAUAGAAGGAAUGAUUAACAAUUUUGGUCAAACACCUUGUCAGUUGUUAAAAGAACCUCAUCCCAAGCGAAUUUCUAAAUCAGAAAUAAUAAAUAAACUUUCAAGUCGAAUCGAAAAACCUCUCCCCAUUUCUCAACAUUGUAGUAAUUUGAAAACUUAUUAUUCAGAAGUCUAUCAACCACAUGAUGGCUUAGUUUUUGUGUGCGUGCCUCGAAAUCAGCCUCGAAAAUUAUUGCAACAAGGAUUACCAGACACAUUGGUAACCUUAAGCAUUAACGGAAACUUAGGAGUACAUGGUUGGUUACCUUACGAUAAAUCAAUACCAAACUAUUUUACCUUUGAAAAGGAUCCAACGCUGAGUACAAUGAAAAAUAAAUCCAGAAAGACUAUAUCAGGACCAUUUGCUCCUGGUUUGGAAGUUUCUCCUAGCUUAUUUAUAGUAACUGAUGACGCCAAGCUGUUACUGAGUGCUGGACAUUGGGAUAACAGUUUAAGAGUUUAUAGUUUUAGUAAAGGAAAGACUAUUGGUCACCAUGUUCGCCAUACAGAUAUAAUAACUUGCAUAUCUCUGGAUCGCUGUGGAAAUCAUGUUAUGAGUGGUUCAAGAGACACAACUUGUGUUAUAUGGGAAAUAAAUCAACAAAACGGUGUUAGUCAUGGAAUUAAUAGCUUUCCUUUACAAACCUUAUACGGACAUGAUGCUGAGAUAACAAGUGUCAGUUUAUCGAUCGAAUUGGAUAUAGCUGUAUCCUCUUCUAUAGACGGUUCCGUCAUUGUUCACACUGCUCGAAAAGGACUUUAUGUUAGAACUCUAAGACCUGCAGCAGAUACAGCAAUUUUAACUCACUUAGCAAUGGAUUACGUGGGUCAUUUAGUUGUGCACUGUAACCUUCCAGCUAAUGUUCAUUGUAACCAACAAGAGUCUCAAUCCCUUCAUUGCUACUCAAUUAAUGGCAAACAUUUAAUAGAACAAAGACUACCCUGCAAAGUUACUGCAAUGCUAACUUUGGAAGAUCUCCUGCUUGUGUCACUUCAGAAUGGCAAUUUAAUAAUUAUGGAUCUUUUUGGGUAUAAAAAAUCUUAA